AUGCAAGUUGGAAAAGAGCAGCAGUGCACCAGCCCAGGGAAAAGAGCAGAAGUACACCAGUCCAGGGAAAAGAGCAGCAGUACACCAGUCCAGGUAAAAGAGCAGCAGUGCACCAGCCCAGGGGAAAGAGCAGCAGUGCACAACUCCAGGGGAAAGAGCAGCAGUGCACCACUCCAGGGGAAAGAGCAGCGGUGCAACAGUCCAGGGAAAAGAGCAGCGGUGCACCAGUCCAUGGAAAAGAGCAGCAGUGCACCAGCCCAGGGGAAAGAUCAGCAGUGCACCAGUCCAGGGAAAAGGGCAGCAGUGCACCAGUCCAGGGAAAAGAGCAGCGGUGCACCAGCCCAGGGAAAAGAGCAGCGGUGUACCAGUCCAGGGAAAAGAGCAGCGGUGCACCAGCCCAGGGAAAAGAGCAGGGGUGCACCAGCCCAGGGAAAAGCGCAGCGGUGCACCAGUCCAGGAAAAAGAGCAGCGGUGCACCAGCCCAAGGAAAAGAGCAGUGGUGCACCAGUCCAGGGAAAAGAGCAGCAGUGCACCAGUCCAGGGAAAAGAGCAAUAGUGCAACAGUCCAGGGGAAAGAGCAAUAGUGCACCAGUCCAGGGAAAAGAGCAGCAGUGCACCAGUCCAGGGAAAAGAGCAAUAGUGCAACAGUCCAGGGGAAAGAGCAAUAGUGCACCAGUCCAGGGAAAAGAGCAAGCAGCAGUACAACAGUCCAGGGAAAAGGGAAAAGAGCAGCAGUACAACAGUCCAGGGAAAAGAGCAGAAGUAAACCAGUCCAGGGAAAAGAGCAGCAGUAAACCAGUCCAGGGAAAAAAGCAGCAGUACACCAGUCCAGGGAAAAGAGCAGCGGUGCACCAGCCCAGGGAAAAGAGCAGCGGUGCACCAGCCCAGGGAAAAGAGCAGCGGUGCACCAGCCCAGGGAAAAGAGCAGCAGUGCACCAGCCCAGGGAAAAGAGCAGCGGUGCACCAGUCCAGGGAAAAGAGCAACAGUGCAACAGUCCAGGGAAAAGAGCAAUAGUGCACCAGUCCAGGGAAAAGAGCAGCGGUACACCAGCGCAGGGAAAAGAGCAGCAGUGCACCAGUCCAGGGAAAAGAGCAAUAGUGCACCAGUCCAGGGAAAAGAGCAGCGGUGCACCAGUCCAGGGAAAAGAGCAACAGUGCAACAGUCCAGUGAAAAGAGCAAUAGUGCACCAGUCCAUGGAAAAGAGCAGCGGUACACCAGCACAGGUAAAAGAGCAGCAGUGCACCAGUCCAGGGAAAAGAGCAAUAGUGCACCAGUCCAGGGAAAAGAGCAGCGGUACACCAGCCCAGGGAAAAGAGCAACAGUGCACCAGUCCAGGGAAAAGAGCAAUAGUGCACAAGUCCAGGGAAAAGAGCAGCAGUACACCAGUCAAGUGCAAAGAGCAGCAAUAA